AUGGACGUGGACAUGGACGUGGACAUGGAUGUGGAUGUGGACAUGGACGUGGACGUGGACAUGGACGUGGACGUGGACAUGGACGUGGACAUGGACGUGGACGUGGACAUGGACGUGGACGUGGACAUGGACGUCGACGUGGACGUGGACAUGGACGUUGACGUGGACGUGGACGUGGACGUGGACCUGGACGUGAACGUGGACGUGGACGUGGACGUGGAUGUGGACGUGGACGUGGACAUGGACGUGGACGUGGACGUGGACGUGGAAGUGGACGUGGACGUGGACCUGGACACUGACGUGGACGUGGACGUGGACGUGGACCUAGACGUGGACAUGGACGUGGACGUGGACGUGGACGUGGACAUGGACGUGGACGUGGACGUGGACGUGGACAUGGACGUGGACAUCGACAUGGACUUGGACAUGGACGUGGACGUGGACAUGGACGUGGACGUGGACAUGGACGUGGACAUGGACUUGGACGUGGACAUGGACGUGGACGUGGACAUGGACGUGGACGUGGACAUGGACGUGGACGUGGACGUGGACGUCGACAUGGACGUGGACGUGGACGUGGACGAGGACGUGGACGUGGACAUGGACGUGGACGUGGACCUGGACGUGGACACGGACGUGGACGCGGACGUGGACAUGGACGCGGACGUGGACGCGGACGUGGACAUGGACGUGGACGUGGACGCGGACGUAGACAUGGACGUGGACGUGGACGUGGACAUGGACGUAGACGUGGUCGUGGACGUGAACGUGGACGUAGACGUGGACGUGGACGUGGACGUGGACGUGGACGAGGACGUGGACGUGGACAUGGACGUGGACGUGGACCUGGACGUGGACACGGACGUGGACGCGGACGUGGACAUGGACGCGGACGUGGACGCGGACGUGGACAUGGACGUGGACGUGGACACGGACGUAGACAUGGACGUGGACGUGGACGUGGACAUGGACGUAGACAUGGUCGUGGACGUGAACGUGGACGUAGACGUGGACGUGGACGUGGACGUGGAGGUGGAGGUGGACGUGGUCGUGGACAUGGACGUGGACGUGGACGUGGACGACGUGGACGUGGACGUGGACGUGGACGUGGAAGUGGACGUGGACGUGGACGUGGACGUGGAAGUGGACGUGGAUGUGGACGUGGACGUGGAAGUGGACGUGGACGUGGACCUGGACAUGGACGUGGACGUGGACGUGGACGUGGACGUGGACCUAGACGUGGACAUGGACAUGGACGUGGACGUGGACGUGGACGUGGACAUGGACGUGGACGUGGACGUGGACGUGGACAUGGACGUGGACGUGGACAUGGACGUGGACAUGGACGUGGACGUCGACAUGGACGUGGACGUGGACGUGGAGAUGGACGUGGACGUGGACGUAGACGUGGACAUGGACGUGAUCGUGGACGUGGACGUGGACGUGGACGUGAUCGUGGACGUAGACGUGGACAUGGACGUGGACGUGGACGUGGACUUGGACGUGGACACGUGGACGUGGACACACAUGGUAAUGGACGUGGACGUGGAUGUGGACAUGGACGUGGACGUGGACGUGGACGUGGACGUGGACAUGGACGUGGACGUGGACGUGGACAUGGACGUGGACGUGGACGUGGACGUGGACAUGGACGUGGACGUGGACAUGGACGUGGACAUGGACGUGGACGUCGACAUGGACGUGGACGUGGACGUAGACGUGGACGUGGACAUGGACGUGGACGUGGACGUGGACAUGGACGUGGACGUGGACGUGGACAUGGACGUGAUCGUGGACGUGGACGUGGACGUGAUCGUUGACGUGGACGUGGACAUGGACGUGGACGAGGACGUGGACGUGGACGUGGACAUGGACGUGGACGUAGACGUGGACGUGGACGUGGACGUGGACGUGGACGUGGACUUGGACUUGGACGUGGACGUGGAUACGUUGACGUGGACGUGGACGUGGACGUGGACGAAGACAUCGUGGACGUGGACGUGGACGUGGACGUGGACGAAGACAUGGUUGUGGACGUGGACGUGGAUGUGGACAUGGACGUAG